AUAGUCCGUUAUUCAGAAGGAAGCAGUUUCUGACUUGGUGGGCUUACUUCACCUUCUGCUCUUCAGAGAGCAUUAUUUGAGUCUGAGAAAGGAGGCGAGGGAUUGCAGUGUUUACACAGCAUAGCACUCUUGACACCACUCUCUUAAAAUAUAUCUUCGGUUGGUAAGGGAUUUCAGAGAGUACAAGAGGACACAGAUCUUAGCCUCAGAGAGCUUAUAGCGGAGCAAUAGCAAAACAAAGUCGGGGACGCUUCGAUCCAGCCAUAAAAUGGGAACAAUUUUUUCUUCUUUGAUCUUGGAAAUAAAGAUUUAAAGGUGCUGUUGUCCCUAAAGAUGCAUAUAGAAAUUGUAUACUGCUGCUGUGAUGAAAUUGAAUCCCAGUGGUGUCCUGGGGAGGCUAUAUUCUAAGUAAGCAAUCAGGGAAUCGCAUUGCAAGAGUACAGCUGUAGCAAUUGGUUCACAGGUUUGAUGUUCUUUAAAUGCCCCAUUGUAUUCUUACAUUAUAUAUACUCUUCCUUCAUGACUCUCAGAAUAGCUUCUACGGAUGCCAGUAUGGUCUCUCAACUGGGCAGUUGAGAGAUAGAAAUGGAGAUCUGCUGGUUUUGUUCCAGAGCAUACUUUCCCAACAGGCAUAAUACGAUGCAACAUCUGUCUUUUUAAAAGCUUGUGCUUUGGAUGGUUUAUAGGGCCAUUGUUUCAGAUGGCAAACUCAAUUGAAUUAAAGCCCAGUGGCCAAGUGGGUGCAUUUCAGCUCUCGUGUCAAGCAUCGCACCUGAAGAAAUUUUGGGCAAACUAAAUGCUGUGUUCUCCAUCAACAUUUGUAGAAAUGUAGGUGCUUUGUUACAGUGACUCCAUGACUUGCUGUCCUGAAGAAUAAUUUUUUUAAAAGUUAUCUUGAGACUUUUUUACAGUAGAACAAAGCUCUCAGCACAUCAUGAAGAAUGACUCUGACAUGCAGGAACUGAAACAUUUUCCUUCACUUUUUAAAAGAUUGAUGCCUAAAACUGAAUAGUGGCCCUGCCGGUUUAAAAUUGUUAAUUCCUUUUCUUCUACCACAGCUUUAUGCAUAAAAUUCAUUUUCUUCUGAUAAGCCUGUCAUUGAUCCUUGCAGGUGGAGGCCUCUUCCUGCUGAAACUUUUGAAAAGGUUUGACAGAUGUGACUGUGCCAGUGAGAUGCCCGUGGGCAGGAGUUCUCCUUCAUAUGGCCUUCCUCGACUAGGCUGGCCAUGACAGCGUUCUUCACCAGUGUCCCUAACUGGAUUCAAGAUGCAAAGCAGGAGGAGGAGGAGACAGGCUGGAAAUUAGUGGCCAGAGCAAAGGGCAGAGAGAGCGAGAGUCAAGGGAAAUGCCAGUAUGAGCUCUCAGCAGCCUCCUUCCCCGGCGUGGAUAAGCUGAGAACCAACCCAGAACAGAGACCGUACUGCUGCCCGCAACUGCACUGCGGCAAGGCCUUCGCCUCCAAAUACAAGCUCUACAGGCACCUGGCCACCCAUUCUGCCCAGAAGCCUCACCGAUGCAUGUACUGUGAGAAAAUGUUCCACCGUAAGGACCAUCUCCGCAACCACCUUCAGACGCACGACCCCAAUAAGGAAGCUCUCCACUGCCCAGAGUGCGGGAAGAACUACAACACCAAGCUCGGCUAUCGGCGCCACCUGGCAAUGCAUGCCGCAGCUAGCGGUGACCUCAGCUGCAAAGUCUGCCUGCAGAUGUUCGAGAGCACCCAGGUUCUGCUGGAGCACCUGAAGGCCCACUCCCGGAGGCCGUCGGGCAGCGUGAAGGAGAAGAAACAUCCGUGUGACCACUGUGACCGGCGCUUCUACACCCGCAAAGAUGUCCGGAGGCACCUGGUUGUGCACACAGGCCGGAAGGACUUCCUGUGCCAGUACUGUGCCCAGCGAUUUGGCCGCAAGGACCACCUGACUCGACACAUGAAGAAGAGCCACUCACAAGAACUGCUGAAGAUCAAGACGGAACCUGUGGACAUGCUGAGCCUCCUGAGCUGCAACUCGGCCGUAGCAGUGAAAGAGGAGCUGAGCCCUGUCUUGUGCAUGGCCUCUCGAGAUGUGAUGAACAGCAAGAGCUUUCCCGGGAUGCUGCCCAUGGGCAUGUAUGGGGCACACGUCCCUGCCAUGCCCAGCUCAGGAAUGCCCCAUUCUUUGGUCCCCAACCCUCUCCCAAUGGGAAUGAGCUACCCCUUGGAAUCGUCCUCCCCGCCCCAGCCUCCCCCAAAGUAUCAGCUGGGAUCUACCUCAUAUUUGCCUGACAAACUACCCAAAGCGGAGGUGGACAGCUGUUUGGCAGAGCUCCCGGGAGGGCUGUCUCUCGUGCCCGGGGAGCCAUCCUCUUCCUCCCCUCAGCCUGCCACCCUGGAGGAGACUCUGCUUUCCAAGAGCCCUGCUCUGCUCUCCGAGGCUCUCUGUGCUGCUAACAUGGAUUUCUCCCACCUCCUGAGCUUCCUGCCCUUGAACCUUCCUUCCUGCAACCCACCUGUGUCAUCUGGGGGGCUGGUCAUGGGUUAUUCGCAGGGGGAGGCCCAGUCACUCCUCACCACGUUGCCACCACAGGAGUCCUCUGGAGCCACGGCCUCCCUUGGCUUCGGAGCCCUUCAUUCGCUGCCCUCAGUCUUCUCUUCCGGCUUGGGUGCAACCACCUUGCCACGUUUCCACCAGGCAUUCCAGUGAAAGCUGGAGAAAACGGAAGCUUCCAUGCACUGUGGUGAGAGGUGCUGCAGAAGCGCCCCAUUUUAUUGUCCUUCCUGCUGUGGGCUGGGAAAUCUGGAGGGAGGAGGGUACCUGGGGACAGGAGCGACCCACAUCCACUUGGGUGUAUGCCCAGUCCUGGACAGUGAGUAGGGUGCAGCCGAUAGAAUUUCAGGUUUUCUCCUCUCCCCCCCCCAAAAAAACCUUUUCUUGGUAAAUCAGGAGUGCACUGUCCUUCCUGGGGCUUCCAGCCUCCUUCUGAGGAGGUUGAGCUGGGUCUCAAGCUAAGGUUCAACGCUGGUUCUACAUUUCAGUGUCUCCUCAGGGCCGAUUGAAAGAGCCUGCCUCCUCCCUCCCUCAUUUUCCGCUGCCCAUUGCUGUGGUGCUGGGUCUGUAUUGUUCAGAUGCAGCCCUUCUUUCUUCCGAGCUGCUUCAUUAGGACUCAUUCCGACCGAAUUGUGUUUACUUAGCUAUGGAUCCUUUCUCCCACCAGUACAAAUCAGGAAGUGCCAGGAACACAGUCUGUGCUUCUGGCCUAGCUAGCACACUGUUUACACAACAGAAUCAGGUCACACUGAUUUCACUUCACUACUUCUCUCAUGUCUUUCCCCCGUGGGGAAAAUAAAACUGACUUUGAAUUGCUUCA